AUGGAAUCAUAUUUCACCACUCGCAAAUAUGCGUUUUCUUACGUAAACGAAAUAAAUCCAAUUAGACCUUGCAUUGAAAUGAAUACUCUACUUAGUAAGCCGAACCUCGCAAAGGACAAUUUUUAUGAGUUGCUGGGUGUUAGCAAAGAUUCAACGGAAGAUCAGAUCCUUUAUGAAUAUCGCAUAAAAGCUAGAGAGCUCCAUCCAGAUAAAAAUUCGGAACCAAACUCAGCUUCACUUUUUCAGAAAAUUCAGAAAGCUAAAGAAGUUUUGACUAACUCAAACCUCCGUAGCAUGUAUGAUACCUGGUUGUUCAGCAAUAUAUCUGUUUCUUUUGAACAAUAUCUUGGUUUACAGAAAAAUUUUGAAGAGGUAUAUAUAUCCAUUUUCGUAAUGUUUAGUGUAUGCACUGGUAUUCCAAUGCUGAUAAAACCCCUCGGAUGUUGGAUAGUACUUCAGAUUCCGACGGGCGUUUUCUAA